CUCAGCCUUUGCGAGGAAAUGCACAGAAGCGGGGCUGGUCUUCAUUGGCCCGCCAUGGAAAGCGAUCGAGGAUAUGGGGGACAAGAGGUAGGCUGGCUCCUGCACCUCCCCCCAGACUACCAACUGACUCCAAACAGUCAGUCUAAAAAUAUCAUGACUGCUGCGGGUGUACCGUGUGUGCCCGGUUACCAUGGCGAAAACCAAGACGCCGAUUUCCUGGAGGCCGAAGCCGACAGAAUCAAGUACCCCGUUCUGAUCAAAGCAGUCAAAGGCGGAGGCGGCAAGGGCAUGCGCAUCGCACACGCCAAAGCCGACUUUCAGGCCCAGCUCCAGUCCGCCAAGUCGGAGGCCAUGAGCUCCUUCGGGGAUGAUCACGUUCUCGUGGAGAAGUAUAUCACCACGCCUCGUCACAUCGAAGUCCAGGUCUUCGCCGAUAAGCAUGGGAACUGCGUGGCCCUGGGGGAACGCGACUGCAGCAUCCAGCGACGACACCAGAAGAUCCUGGAAGAGUCCCCUGCUCCCCAUCUCCCGGAUGCGACCAGGAAAGACAUCUGGGCGAAAGCGAGAUCGGCCGCACUGGCGGUGGGCUACGAGGGCGCGGGCACGGUCGAGUUCAUCUUUGACAACGACAGCGGCGAGUUCUUCUUCAUGGAGAUGAACACCAGACUGCAGGUCGAACACCCUGUCACGGAGAUGGUGACCGGCCAGGACCUGGUGCAUUGGCAGAUCAAGGUCGCCGAAGGCGCUCCAUUGCCAUUGACCCAGGACGAGGUGGAGGCUUACAUGGCUACCAGUGGACACGCGAUCGAGGCUCGCAUCUACGCCGAGAACCCGGACCAGGGCUUCAUUCCCGACUCCGGCACCUUGCUGCACGUCCGCACUCCCGCCGCGACCGAGGACGUCCGCAUUGACGCAGGCUUUGUCGCAGGCGACGAAGUAUCCGCCCACUACGACCCGAUGAUCGCCAAGCUCAUCGUGCGAGGUGCCACGCGAGAGGAAGCCAUCCGCAAACUCGCCGCCGCGCUCGAAGAGUACGAGAUCGCGGGGCCGAUCACCAACAUCGAGUUCUUGAAGACCAUCUGCCGCAGCUCUGAUUUCAUCUCCGGGGACGUGGAAACUGGAUACAUCGAUAAGCACCGCGCGGAAUUGUUUCCGGCGAAGACCAUUGAUGCCGAGGUGCUGGCCCAGGUGGCGCUGGCCUGCCUGCAACGGGAUGCCAGCCUUGCGUCUCGCGUGCAGGCUGGCUUCGAGGGCUCGGGCAUUGGAUUCGGCCCCGGCUACCAGGUGCAUCAGAUAUCCUUUGCAGAUCUGACACCCGGCGCCAAGAAUGACUCGCGACACGAGGUCCGCAUCCAGCAAACCGGCGACCGCACAUACAACGUCACCGUCCAAGGCGUGGUGUUCGAACAGGUCGUCAGCCACGACAACUCGAAUGCCAACAUCGUCACCUCCUUCUUCCCCCACACCCGCCUCGAUACCACGGUCAUCCGCGACGGCGACACCAUCAUCGCCUUCCAGAAGGGCACGCAAUACCGCCUGACCAUCCCACCAGCCAAAUGGAUGGAGAAAGCAUUGGGCAUGAAGGACAUCAAGAACAGCGUUCUCGCACCGAUGCCAUGCAAAGUGCUGCGCGUGGAGGUGGCCGCCGGCGACACGGUCGAAAAGGAUCAGCCGCUGGUGGUGAUCGAGAGCAUGAAGAUGGAGACGGUCAUCCGCAGCCCACAUAAGGGUGUCAUUGCCAAAGUGGUCCAUCAGAAAGGAGUAAGUCAGAGCUCUGCUAUCUAUAUCCCUCCCCGGUCAUUGUUUCGCAUUGCCAUCUCGCCUGAUCUGGGCUUUCGCACGGAAUGAGAACAUCAAACCUUCCCGGCGGAUUGUUCUAGAUCUACCAGACUGGAACUGGCCGGGGCUUGUUCUCAUCCAUUUCUCUACAUUUGCGGGGCUGUGGUACAAUUGUGUCGUGCUCUCCGGAUGACUCUACCGCUGCCCGGGCUCUAUCCCCUCCCCAACCCUUUUCGGUCCCCCGUUUCGUUUCGUUUCGUUUCGUUUCGCCUUGCCAGGGAAAGCAGCCGCAGUCAGAGGACUAACAGAUAUGUUGCAGGAUCAAUGUAAAAGCGGGACACCGCUGGUCGAGUUCGCCGAGGAGAGCGGCGGUGAGUGAAGCAGAGAAGUAUGGAUUUCGAGCGAUAUUUACGCUUCGGAAAUGUAGACAUGGCCCAGGUCAACCGGUGA